UGGGGCUGUGAGGAGAGUUUCGGUGUAGCCGGUUUGUUGGCACCCGGGCAGGCGGUUACAACGCUUCUCACGGGAUGAAUCGCGGGUGAAAUAACACCGGACUGGAUCAAACAAAUCACCAGAACCGGAGAAAUACACGAGCCGUGACUCCUCCACACAGGACCCCGUUCCCGGCGUCUCCAUGUUCUCCUCCAUCGGCAGCACGGGCCCUGACCCCCGCUUCCGCUUCAGAUGGCGGGCCAUUACAGUGGUGACCCUGCUGACCCUGGGUCUGCUCUUUUACCUGCACCAAGCACUUACAGACUCCAGCGACUACAGCUCAGGCAGCAGAUCCGGCCGGGAGGUGUAUCGCGGCAUGGCGGCCGCCGAAUCCGUGGGGUCCGGUUACAAUGACACGUACCCGCUCAGCCCCCCGGAACACACGGCUGACGGGAUCCGCUACCGGAUCGGAGUGAUCGCCGAUCUGGACACGAACUCUCACAGCAGGAAGAACAACACGUGGUUCAGUUACCUGAAGCGAGGACACCUGCUGGUGUCUGACAGCGGUGACAGGGUGUCUGUGGAGUGGGACGCAGACAGGGUGGUCCUGGAAAGUCAUCUGUCAGAGAAGGGGCGGGGCAUGGAGCUGUCCGAGCUGGUGACUUUUAACGGUCACCUGUACAGUGUAGAUGACCGGACGGGUGUGGUGUACCGUAUAGAGGGUGAUCGGGCCGUGCCGUGGGUCAUACUGCCUGACGGAGAUGGCAGCGUUUCUAAAGGUUUUAAAGCGGAGUGGAUGGCUGUGAAAGACGAGCGUCUGUAUGUCGGUGGCCUUGGGAAGGAAUGGACGACCAUCACCGGCGAGUUUGUCAACAAUAAUCCCGAGUGGGUGAAGGUGAUCGGUUUCCAUGGAGACGUGGAACAUGAGAAUUGGGUGCCGCAUUAUAAUGCGCUCAAAAGGGCAGCUGGGAUCAACCCGCCGGGUUAUCUUAUCCACGAAUCGGCCGCCUGGAGCGAGCGGCUGCAGCGCUGGUUCUUUCUCCCACGCCGCGCGAGUUCCGAGCGUUACGAGGAGACGGCGGACGAGCGCCGCGGCACGAACCUCAUGCUGAGAUGCUCCUCCGACUUCAGUCAGAUCUCCGUGUCCCGCGUCGGCCCUUUAAAUCUCACCCUCGGAUUUUCCUCCUUCAAAUUCGUCCCGGACACAGAUGAUCAGAUCAUAGUAGCGCUGAAAUCAGAGGAGGACGCGGGGCGGAUCGCCACCUACAUCACCGCCUUCACACUGGACGGCCGGGUCCUGCUGGCCGAAACUAAAAUCGGAGACGUCAAAUAUGAGGGUCUGGAGUUUAUAUAGACUGAGAGUGAAUGUUGCAGGUGCAAAUUAAUAAAAUGAUUGUUCGUGGCUGUUGUCGAGCAGUCUGACCCGAGCAGACACCUGUUACCCAUGAUGCCGUGAGCAAAAGGGAAGAAAUGAAAUCAUUGCUAGUAUAUAUUGAUGGACAGGACAUUAAUAGUGUGCUAUAUAUAGAGGGACGUCUCGAUGCGUGACGUCACAUGUUGAAGAUUUUACUACAGGAUCUCAGGGAACUACAUGCAAUAAUCGAGUCUCUAACCCAAACAUGUGCAUUGGAAAAUGCAACAAGUGUCUUAAUUUAAAAAAAAAUCAACCAUUUGUUGUCUAUAAUGCAAAACCUCUAAAUAUAUUUAUGAUAUUUUACUGUCUGGUUUUAGGGUUUUGUAGUGUAUGAACUACACUGGAGAAUUUUAUAUGAUUUAAUGUCAUUGAUUUCUGACAUUAAUGAAAAGAUCAUACUUUGUCUCAGGCAUGCAUAUUCAAUUAAAUAUGCAAAUAAAGACCUAAUAUUC